UAAUUACCAAACACCCACAAUAACUAUACUCCAGCUGAUUUUACAUGCCUUUUUUGGAGUAUUUAUUAAAAUGUGUGUGUGGAUUUAUCCUCCUUAGUUUGUGUGGCGUUGAAGCAAUAGCAAUCAAACUCUAUCCUCUUUGGAUCCUACACGGCGAUAGAUCGAACCUAAGCAUGUCACUCUCAGCUCGACCGUCAUGGGAAUCUCCGCCACCCUCCUCCCCUCUUCUCUCCUCCUUCCCCACCACCCAAAACAAAACGCCACCGCCACCCACCUCCACCUUACCCGCCGUUCCCUCCUCUUCCUCUCCACCACCCUGGGCGGCUUCUCUCUCCCAGCGCCACUCUCCUACUCCUCCCCCUCCCCCUCGCCGGACACUACCAUCACCGACAGAGUGUUCCUAGACUUGAGCAUCUGCCCGACCUACUUCGUGAACCGAACCCUGGGCGACGACCUGGCCCUCUGCGCCGACGCCGAGCCUGUGGGGCGGCUAGUCCUGGGCCUAUAUGGCAACCUCGUACCCAUCACCGUCUCCAACUUCAAGGCCAUGUGCACAGGCUCCUCCGGGUCCAGCUACAAGGGCACUUUGGUACAGAAAAUAUUCCCGGGGCAGUUCUUCCUGGCUGGAAGGCAAGGGCGGCGGGACAAAGGGGAAGUGAAGCCCCCUACGAAACUGGUUAGGAACACGGAGACGGUGGAAUCAAAGGCGUUCUUGUUGGAACAUUCGAGACCGGGGACAUUGUCGUUGUGCUUGUCGGAGAAUGACGACGACAAUGACGUAAAGCUGGAUCCGGAUUAUCAUAACGUGGAGUUCUUGAUCACCACUGGACCUGGACCCUGCCCUCAGCUUGAUAGCAAAAACAUCGUGUUUGGAACCGUGGUUGAAGGAAUGGAUGUGGUUGGAAGGAUCGCAGGCAUUCCGACAUAUAAGCCGUCAGAAAGAAUACGGCAAUACAAUGGAAUAGCAGAAUUUCUAGGAGAUGGGAGAGCCAAAAACGCGAGGGCAAUAUGGAACAAACCUCUCAACACUCUGUAUAUCAGUGAUUGCGGACAACUUAAGCUUCCCACUCCUCCUCUUUCCCCCACACUACCUUAAUUAAUUACCUACACAUUAAUUAUUGGUGGGUAUAUAGUACAGUGAACCCAGGCCAAUAAAAUGCAAGAAUCCAUUCCAUUUCAUUUGAGCGAGCUGAGGCAUGCAUAUAUGUUAGUUUUUGUAAUAACAUUACAAUACCAUCGUCUAUAUAAAUAACAUCACCUGCCUGCAUGUAUUUCUUCUGA